AUGUCGAUAACAUCCACAAAAACGAGACAUGCUGUACUUAACGCUUAUAAAUAUCUAUUAAAAACACAAAGAGAAACAUUUCACGGAGACUUUCUGGCAAUAUCUGAAGCAAGACGCAAAACAUAUGAAGAAUUUUUAAAAAAUAAAAAUGAAACUGAUGAAAAAAAGAUCAAUAAACAAAUUAAUCAAGCACUAGAAACGGCUGAAUUUUUAAAGUCAAAUGUUAUCCAGGCAGUAUUCGACGAAAAAACAAACAGAUUCAAGGCAAAAAUAACUGAAAAUACCGAACUGGGUGAUAAUGAAUCGAUCAAAAAUCCACUAUCUAUUAAAGAAUUAAAAGAAAAAAUAAAGUGUUAA